AGGACAAUUUUUUUUGAGAAUUAUACUAAAAUUUUUCAAAUUCUCUUGCAACGAAUAAUGCCUUAUGCCUGGUGACGCAAUGAAGUCCAGUUUAAAAGAUUACUCCUGGACACUACAGAAGAGGUCACUGGCGUUGCUACGUGGAAACAGUUUAAUGUCUCUAAAAGGUUUAUCAGCUUUGUUAUUCCUUCAUGACAUAUCAGCAGUCGGCACGUCUACCAUGUGAGAAUCUAAAGGAGUGGCAAGAGUCUUUGAAAAUUCUGUGUGAUCACAGGCCAUUAUGAGCAGCAUCUGCUUUCAGUCUUAGUCAAUUGAUGAACAAUGAGUUGGCAAUGGCAUCUAAGGAUUCUCCAGAUUCAUAAAAACUGAUUAAACUAAUAACAGAAGGUGUAUGUAAAAGGAUUGCAAAGGAUGCCAACCAAAAAUGUUAGGCCAGUGAGGCAUACCAACAAGACAAUGUACUUGGUGGUACAUUAUGAAAAAAUUUACUCUUGGAUU